AUGCAUUCUGUUCCUAUAUUUCAAUCCGAUUUUGAGGAGCAUAAUAACGAUCAGUUGGCGAAUGUGGAAGGAAACGAUAAUGUAGAGGAUGGUAUGGAAUCUAACGAGAAAUCGAUUAAAAUUGACAUUGAAGAUGUGCAAGAUAAAAUUAAUCUCUGGAAUUCUGCCAUAAUAUGCUAUGUUAUUGGUGCAAACCCUCCCAUUCAUGUCAUGGAAGGUUUUUUCAGACGUAUCUGGAAAUCUUUUAAUGUGGAUAAAGUAGCAUUGAUCAAAAGAGGAGUGUUUCUAGUGCGAUUCAAUGCUAUGGAUUCACGAGAUUCAGUUCUAAAUGGACAUUACUUUUUUGACAAGAAACCAUUGAUAAUGAAACCAUGGUCACCUGAUAUAGAUUUUGUGAAAGAGGACAUCAAAACUCUGCCAAUUUGGGUGCAACUAAGAUUGCCUCUUAAAUACUGGGAAGAGAACUCUUUGCACAAGAUAGUGUCACAAUUGGGAGAUCAUAUAAAGAGGGAUGAGGCUACCAGAAACAGGGAUAAACUGCAAUUUGCGAGAAUCCUAGUUGAGAUGGAAAUUGAGCAAAAAUUUCCAGAUCAUGUUUGGUUUAUGAAUGAAUAUGGGGAGAAAGUGAAGGUUCCUGUUGAGUUUGAAUGGCUACCAACUCAGUGUGGUAAAUGUGCGAGAUAUGGGCAUAACAAUACUGAAUGUAGAGUAGUGAAACCUCAACAAGAAUGGAGAAUUAAGAAGAAAAAUGAUCUGCCUAUACCAGUUGAUAAGGUAGCAAUGGACAGUGUGCCAAACAAGCAGCAGGAGGAAGGAAUGGUGAAUAAGAAGAGCAAAGAAGUGCUAGAUCCGGAUGGGUUUCAGAGAGCAUUGAAACCUAUCAAAGUGAGAGUUAGUACUUCAAAAAGCACUAGUAUAGAAAAAUCUUCAAAGCUAUACAGAAUGCUAUGGAAAUAG